UGCCAAUUGGAUAUUGCCAAGCGAGAAUUGAUAACGGAACGAAGCGAUGCCCGUAUUCUCUGUUUUAUCUCUGCCUCAAAUCAAUUGAACAAGAAAUGAUAAUUCCACUGCAACUCCUUCCUCCCCAAACCCAAACCCAAACCCAAACCCUAGCCCUUCUCCCCUCACUCAACCCUUCCCCAAAACCCCAUCCCAAAACCCUCCUCCACUGCCUCACUCCUCUCCAAACUCCCUCCGCACUCACCACCCCCACCGAUCCGCCGCAACCAAACUCCGACUCCGGCCUCCGCUUCCGCGAGAAGCUCCUCUACCUCCAAGCCCUCAAAGUCAAUCCCUCCAAAGCCCUCCACAAGAACCCUAAUUUCCGAUCAGCCCCACUCAACUCCCUCAAAUCAGUCGAGAAAUGCCUCUUCUCCAUGGGCAUCGACCGCUCUGUCUUGGGCCGCAUCUUCGACAUGUACCCCCAGCUCCUCACCUGCGAUCCCUAUUCCGAUCUCUACCCUGUUUUCGACUUCCUCUUGAACCACGUCAAUAUCCCUUUCCCCGAUAUUCAAAAAUCGAUCAUUCGCUGCCCGAGACUCUUAAUUUGCAGUGUAGAUCACCAAUUGAGACCCGCAUUACGUUUCCUAGAAAAUUUGGGGUUUGUGGGGAAGCACGCAUUAACUUGCCAGACCACACUGUUGUUGGUUUCGAGCGUCGAAAACACGCUUAUGCCCAAGCUGAAUUACUUGCAAGAUUUGGGUUUUUCGUAUGAGGAGGUGUCAAGGAUGGUGUUGAGGUCGCCGGGGUUGUUGACGUUUAGUAUUUCCAAUAAUUUUGGGCCGAAAGUGGAGUAUUUCUUGAAGGAGAUGAAUGGGGAUUUGGCAGAGCUAAAGCGGUUUCCGCAGUAUUUUUCAUUUAGUUUGGAGGGGAAGAUAAAACCUCGGCACCAGCUCUUGGUGGAGAAUGGGUUGUCUCUUUCGCUGUCGCAGAUGUUGAAGGUCAGCGAUGGGGACUUCAAUGCGCGGUUGAUUGAGAUGCAAUUGCGAUUAGUUGAUGAGAGACAGUCAUAAAACUCCUAUAGUCUGAUCCAACUAGAAUGGCCAAUUUUCUACUGCUGUCACGGAGAAACUGGUUUUUAUAAUCUUUCCACAUACCUGAACCUUCAUCAGUAAUCAAUCGUCACCAUAUUGGUCUCUUGUACUUGAUAGAUGUAUGCAUAAUGUGGCCACUUUAUGUAAGGGCCCUGUCAUGGUUUUUGCUUGGAAAACAGAACACAAUGUUGUUUAUUCAAGCCUGUAGCUUUUUCUGAAUUUCAAGUAAUGGUCCAUCCUGCUCUCACUGCACUCAUCCUUUUUGGGCGAUCCUCAGAGGCAUAGGCUAGCUAGCAAAGACUUAAACAGGGAGGAAGGCUUUGUUUGGUUCACUGAUAUACCUACUUGUAUGAGCCCUCAACUUGUUGGGGAUUGUUGAGGAUGCAAGAAGGGUGUUUUAUCCCAGAUUUGUGUACUAAACUAUGCUAUUCGAGUUCUACUUACACAACAAUGUUAUCUCCUUGCACUCAGUUUUCUAAA